AUGAGAUUCCGCGCCAACAUCAUCACCAUCGCCACCCUCGCUGGUCUCGCCGUGGCCGCGCCCGCCGCCACUGACGCCUGCGUCCCUGAGAACGGCGCCAGUGAGGAAGUCAAUGGCGUGAACAACUGCUGCAAGGCUCUCAUCAUCCAUGAGGGCAAGUGCCUCUAUCCCAAGGACAUCCCUGGUGCAUGUGUCGGCAGAGACGACGACAUUGUCAACGAGCACGGCGAGAUCGUCGGUUCUUGCUGCGCGAAACUUGUCCAGGUCGCUGACAAGUGCCGCUAUCCCGGGAACGUGAACGGCCUCUGCGUCGCCAAGGACGAACUUGUCAGCGAAAGCCGCAGCAUCUGCUGCAAGGGCCUGGUCCAGGUCGGCCAAAUGUGCCGCGAUCCCAAGGAUCUCCACAAGGGCUGCAUUCCCAAGGAUGAGGACGCUGUGGAUAUGCACGGCUGGCCCGUCGGAGAGUGCUGCGAAGGUCUCUCGCAGAUUGCCAACAAGUGCCGUGACCCCAAGGAGCAGUAA